AUGCCACGGGCUAGAAGUAAGUCGACAGUGCUGCAAAUUGCAAGCGAUGUACACGUGACGAACAAUGGAUUAAUUCCGCUACAUGAAAAGAUCAUUCCAAGAGCAACAACGUUUCGACGUUCGAGAUCAAAAUCGGAUUCAAACAGCGUAUCAACACCCACGAUCAACUACGACUUCUUAUACCCCUUAAGCCAACGAGAGGAACAAAAUUUAUGGUCACAGUUUAUUGGCUCGUUUGAUUACGAUGUUGUAUUGAAAGCUGAGGAUAUAGAGCACAUCAAUGCAAAACAUUUGGAUCCCAUACUUGCAUUUCAAAGCAACUUGCAAAUGAAUAGAGAUCAACUAGAAAAACUCAAGACUCAAACGGAUGCAUUAAUACAGAAUAUCAAUGAUUGUUUUGCCGAAUACAAACAAAUUUCUGAUGAUACUUUGGACUUUGACGUUUCGGCUAAUGAAUUACUAGACAAGCAAAAUUUGUAUCAGCAGAAGUACAACAAAAUCCAUUCCAAUUUAAAGCAUUUUGAACAUUUGGACUCAAUAACCAAAAGUUUAUCGAAGUCUGGUAGUCAUUUGCUAACCAAUAGACGUUCUUAUUUCAUCAAUGACAUUUUGUUGAGCUUAGAUGAUUCAUUGGAUUUUAUGGAGAUGCAUCCCGAGUUUAGGGAUUGUGAGUUGUACAAGAGUAGAUUUCGCCAAUGUAUGACCAGAGCCUUGACUUUGAUCAGAAACUACUUGAGAAACGAGUUGAGGAGUGUGAACGAAUCAGUAAAUGUAAAAUUGAAGCAAACCUCAGAUGACUCAAAGCAAGUGGUAACGAUAGACUUGUUAAUAUACAAUGAGUUCAAUAAUUACUUGAAACAUAGCGAAGAAGUCUUUCAUGAGCUCGCUGAAGAGUUGUUCAAGCGAAGCACAAAGCAUGAUGAGUAUAAUGGAUUGAUUAAUGAUGUACUUGCUACUUAUUUUCAAAUUCGAGCAAGGCUCUUGAAGCAAUAUAUAGACAAGACUUCAACAAUUGGUGACCUAUACACAAAACUUCUAAAGACAGACUUGGUCCAAAUGUGUCAAGAUCAGAUAUCUUAUUUCAAGAAAAUCAUCGAAAAAGAGUUUUCUUUGUUUAUCAAGUUCUUCAACCCAUCAUUCUACGAGGAUGAAUUGAAAUCGAUGAUCUGGGGAGAAUUUUACACGUUUUUGAAGAAUGUGCUUGAUCCAUUAUACGAUGGUAUACGUCUAUGGGUGCUCAAAGAGGUCAACAUUAGUUCAUUAUGCCAAUUGACAACUUUACUACAAAAAUACUACGAGUUUGAGGAUUUAGAUGACCCCAACGGCAGCUUGGUCGAUUCACAGAGUUACUUUGGCAUUGUACAACUGGACACGUUAAAAUAUGGCGUCUUAUUCCAGCCUUUAUUGGACGAUGCCCAACACCGUUUAAUAUUUAGAAUUCAAAAUUACAUCGAUACAAAGUUGAUGAAGUACAAACCCAGUGCAAUGGAUUUGAAAAUUGGCUAUAAAAAACAAUCCAAGAUUAAAUUUAUCAAUCCAUUAGAUGUUGAUUACGAAGAGAAUUUAUUUCCUGGCGUGUACCUUCCUUUAGCGAAGGCAAUGACAAUAUUAUCCAAUAUAUAUGAGCUAAUCAACUCUGCUGUGUUUGACGAUAUAGCUCAUUAUAUUGUUCAUGCAUGUAUCGUUUUGUUAAAGGGGGAGUAUUCAAAGUUAAUUAUAGCUCAUCUAGGUGUUAUCGAGGGAAAAUUGUCAUACCUUCACAAUUUAAUAAUUUUACGUAACCAAAUCAAAAAUUUUGACAUCCAUUUUACAAGAAAUGAUUAUACGAUAGAUUUUACUAGUGGAAUAUCUGACAUUUGGAACUUAUUGAGAAGGAGAAGUACGGAACAUAGACAUGAAGGCUUCUUUGAGAUUGCCAAAAAGACUGUCCCCAAAGUAAUUAACAAUAUGAUUGAUGCAAAUUAUGAAAUUGAAGUUGAGCUCAAUGCUGCGGUUAGCGAGUUUCUAACUUACUGCUCAAAUGAUAUCUGUGCACCAAUUCUUCAAAACAAAGAAAAUACAAUUAACAAUAAGUCACUAUCACAAUUCAAAGACAAUAUCAUCAUUAAAAUCCCCAAUCUAUACAAUGAUAUAAAAUCCAUCAUCAAUGAUCCCGCUGUCACCCACUUUUUGAUGAACAGUUUAUCGGAUUUGAUAUUGAUGACCUAUGAAGAAUUCUUGAAAAAUGUUAACGUACAAACUUGGCAGCUGCAAGAUGAUGGAGUGCUUGAUUUUAUGGAAUUGGAUGCCUUAUCUGGAUUCAUUGGCGACACUGUUAAUCAAUUAUAUGAAGAUGAGCAACAUGAUGCACCAAAAUUCAACGAGGAAAUAUUAGCAAAUCUUGAAUUGGACGAUACAGACGCAGAGGGACUCGGAAAUACUCCCAAUGUAUUGGAAAUGACUUCAAAUAACUUGAAUUCAAAUGAUCAACCCCAUGAAUAUGAGGAACAAGCUCAUAUUAUCAACAAAUCGCCAUCUCCUACCUCAGCAAAAUAA